AUGAUAAAUAGCACUGACAUGUUCUUAGGUCGGCCACGAUUUAUUUUACAUUAUCUGGGGAUUUGGCCUCCACCAGGAGAAUAUAAAAUUCUGCGCAAUAUUUACAAGUUCCUUGUUAUGCUUACUCAGUUUUCUUUUAUUUUCUUGGAAUUUAUAUAUAUAGCUGUCGUGUGGGGUGAUAUAGAUGAAGUUUCUGAAGCUUCGUACUUACUCUUCACCCAGGCGUCGGUUUGUUAUAAAACAAUGGUUUUUAUGAUGAAUAAAAAUAAUUUAAAAAAACUUAUUAGUUUCAUGGAGGUGGGAAUAUUUGCACCGCAGACUGUAGCACAUGAAAAAAUAUUGUCGGCGCAAGCAAGAAAAAUACGAAAUCUUAGUGCAGUAUUCUUGACGAGUGCCAUCACAACAUGCACGCUGUGGGCUGUAAUGCCUUUAUUUGAUACCGCUGAAACGAGAUUCUUUCCUUUUAAAAUUUGGAUGCCGAUAAAUACAGAAAAAUCUCCUCAUUAUGAAAUCGGAUACUUGUACCAAGUAAUUAGUAUUUACAUUAGUGCGUUGUUGUUUUGUGCAGUGGAUAGCAGCACCCUUUCAAUGAUCAUGUUUGGAUGUGCGGAACUUGAGAUUAUUAUUGAUAAAAUACAAAAGAUUCGCGAUAUACCAAUCUCGAGAGUAAACAAAUCGGAUUGCAGAAAAAGACUUACAGAGAACAAUAAACUGUUUAUGGAAUGUGUUCGACACCAUCAGUGUGUAGUUAAAUUUAUCGAAUUAGUAGAAGACACGUACCACGCUAACAUUUUCUUCCAGCUAAGUGGAAGCGUGGGAAUUAUCUGCAUUAUUGGGUUAAGAAUUGUUAUGACUGAACCAAGUAGCGUACAAUUUUAUUCGAUGCUAAAUUAUAUGUUAACAAUUCUAUCACAGUUAUUCUUGUAUUGUUGGUGUGGCAACGAACUGACUUCUAUGAGUCAAAAUCUACGCGAAUUUCUAUAUUUGUGCCCAUGGUACGAGCAGAAUAUACAAUUCCGUCGCUCGCUGAUUAUCGCAAUGGAGAGAAUGAAGAGGCCUAUCAUAUUCAAAGCCGGCCGUUACAUACCUCUUUCACGACCUACUUUCGUAUCCAUUUUGCGUUCGUCAUACUCUUAUUUCGCCGUUUUAAAUCAGACAAAGAAGUAA